UUCUCUGCUGUCUUGACUGGAGACAUGUUGGACCAGGCCUAUCAGGAGGGGAGGCGCAUUGCACUUGCUCUGAGGCAUGAAAUUGAUUAUGCUGAGGACGUGGAUGAGCACUUACUGGACGAGGCCUACCAGGAGGGGAGGGGCAUGGCACUCCAUGUGAAGCACGAUGCUGUCCCAACUGAAGCCAGGAAUGCGCAAAGAAAGGUCACCCAGCCGAUAAAAAGGGACCAUGCAGGACGAGGCAAGCCAAGAGGGAGAUGUGGAGGACGGCGUCGAGCCUCAACUGCUGUCACAUGCCCUGGUACGGAGGACUCCCAGGCCACGACUAUUGCAGGGAAUUCCCAGCCAAGAGUGUUUGCUCAAGAAGAAUUUGACCGAAACAUGGAGAGGCUGUCAAUGACUUCUGGGUCAUUCCAUACUGAUGUGCCUGCUGUGCCUCUGCAAAGCUCCUCGUCUUGGUCCUUGCGUCAGCUGAAAGCCCAAGAACAGUGGAAGGAAGCUCGGCCAGACCACCUGCAAUAUCUACUGUCAACUGAGGCUGUUGGCCAGGAGUUGUGCUCUAUCUGCCAUCAGGCUGCUGUUAUAAGGUGCAGAGACUGCCUUCCCGAUGAGUGGUUGUGUGAGGCCUGUGAUGUGUUGCACCAUAGAAGAUGGCCACUCCACAACAGAGACAGGGUGGUGGAUGGCUUCCUCAAGGCCAUCCCACCAUCCACAUGCUAUACUAAAGGGGAAACUGGACACUACAUCUCACACAAGCAAGGCAAGCUUUUGCAAAGUUGCUGGAACAUCGCACUCGGCGUGCUGGAAGACUUCGAAAACACUGCAUUUUUUGAAGGGCUGUUUCUUGCCAAGGACAGUAAGGUGUCAGCUUUUGUUGACACCAUUAGGACUGCAGUGAAAAGCACGCAAGGCAAAGCAACAUGCGGUGCUUCGCAGUGGGCAGCAGCCAGGGAAACCUCACGGAGGGCCAGUAAACUCGAUGAGGAGGGCGUUGAGGUAGCCGUGUGUCGCCAUGGCUACCUCUUGAAAGGCCUAAAUAUGUACCGGGGUGAAAUUUUUGCCUACCCUCUGUAUCUCCAGAGAGAAAUUCAGGCCACAGCAAAUGUCAAAUUCUUUGCCAUGGAUGUCACCUGCAAGUACUGGCCAUACCUCCAAAAGGUAGUGGCUGCCCUUCCACCACUCCAGGGGCUCUUGCAGAUGAGGCCAUUCCUCAGCAUCAUGCAUGCCAGGGCUCAUGCCACAAAGUGUGAGCUUAAAUGGAGUGGCAGGAAUCAGGAGGGAGCAGGCACAACGGCUGGUGAAGAGGUUGAGCAGGUGAACAGCUACCUCUCCCUUUGUGCUCUGACAACAAAAUAUAUGUCUAAAGCAGCCCGUGUGGACAUGCUGACUGUCCAUGCAAUGGAAUGGAACAGGCACAAGGGAGACAAUCUCCACAAGGCCCUCUCCACAAGAUAUGUGAAGACUUGUCAAAGAGCUGUGGAGGAGACAGCAAGACUUCUAGAGCUCAGAGAAGAGGUCCAUUGCUCAGAGGAGAUGGCACUGCAGUGGGUUAUGGAUGUUCAGGAAUGGGCUGGGGAGACAACAGAUGCCGCCAGUGAUCAACGAUCCCUGCAACAACAGUCCAUUGAGGGGCUUCAUCUGAGCCUUCACCACAGAAAACAGAGCCUCUACUGUCAAAAUGACAGCAACAAGCUUCGUCACCGCCUGCGCAAAAAUUUGGCGAAAGACAAGCGGCGUCUCUUCGAACAGAUUGCCGAAUACAACAGGCUGGUGUCAGAGAUGCAGAUCAAUGUGGCAGUGGUCGAGAGGUCGCUGGCUGGACACACUGUGUCACACAUAUGGCCAUGGGAGGUGAACAGCAGUGGAUCAUCAGUGAACAUCAGCACCAAGAGACGAGUGCAUGACCAGCAGAUGCUGACCACACGCCUGCAAGAGGAGAGAAGCAUCCUGGUUUUGGAGAUGGCCCAACACUGCACUUCGUUGCGAAACCUGGCCUCGGCUCUCAGGACCAAAAUUAUAAGUGAGGCAGAGGGAAGUGAAGGACUACGAUGUCUUCUUAUUCGAAGACUUUCGGAAGUGGAAGGUAGUUUGCGGUUGGUCCUACACCACUACCAGGCUGCUUUGGGGCCACAUGCAUCUCUCCUUGGAGGCUUGGAUGAUGAAGAGGAAAGUGAACCUAGCAGUUCGGAAGAGAGUGAGGAGGAGGCAACCUAGGUAGCCCUGGCAGCACAUCAUCCCCCACCCUCAUCCAUCUCCACUGGCUCCUAGUCAAGAGCCGUAUCUCCUACAAACUCCUCCUCCUCACCUACAAAUCCCUCCAUGCCCUCGCCCCCCAAUACUUGUCUGACCUCCUCCACCAGUACACUCCAUCCUGGAACCUACGGUCCUCUGACCUGGGUCUGUUCUCCACACCCAUACUAAGCUGCAGACUUUUGGUGACAGAGCUUUCAGUGUGGCGGCCCCUACCCUCUGGAACUCUCUCCCUCCUGACAUCCAUGGCGCCCCAACCCUGGACACGUUUAAAACAGCCCUCAAAACACACCUUUUUACCAAGGCUUUUCCCCAUUAGUUAGUUUAGUUAGGUUAAUUUUCCCCUUUUUUGCUGCUGCCCCCCACUGCCCCUCCCGACCCCUUACCUGACCUUCGGUUUUUUGAAAGGCGCUAUAGAAAUCUUGAGUUAUUAAUAUUAUUAUUAGGUAUCCUCCUGGGGUAUGCAUGGUUGUUUGCCUGUGUAACAGGAUUCAUUUUGUUUGUAUGUUUCACUAGAUUUUUAUGUCUAAUUUGCUAUUGUUUAUUUGUUUUUCUGUGAUCACCUGUCUUGUUUAAUUUUUCAUUUUAUUGAUUUAUUUACUUUAUUUUAAUAUCCUGAUUACUGAUGGGCUAUGAGCUGGGACAUUGGCGGGGUCGUGAACUCUUAGGUCUCUGUCUCUUUCCCGGGUCUAGCUGGUGUGGGCAGAGGUUAGUAAUGCCAGGAGCUCUAUGUACAUCCUUUUUAUGAGAAGCUAGAAUGUUUGAAUAUCCAUAAUGUUUUAUUUAAAUAUCUCUAAAUUGUCAUGUGUAUUAUAGGUAUGAUUGUGUAGUGAAAAUGUCAUUUUACAAAUAGUUUAAGCAAUGAGUGACGACGAUGAUUUAUGUUGUUGAAGCUAGCUGGCCAAUAAUGCUAAGCUGGGAAAGAGCCCUGCGAUCAAAUCUUUUUGCUCUGUGAUUACUCUACGCAGAUGGGCUCAAUAAAUGGUGGAUGCAGUACAUCGGUCUCCAGACUGCUCAAUGACCAUAACACCACGCAGAGUGAGCUGGUAACACCUGUAUGUGCCUGUUAAUUGUGAAAUAAAGAUAUUGAAAAUA